AUGUUUGUCAUUUUCAUUUCUUGUAUCUAUCCAUUUUCUCUCUUUAUCUUCUAUCCAUUUUCUCUCUUUAUCUUGUUGUUUUUGCCUCUCUCUCACCCUUGGCCCGUCUUUCUCUCUCUUGUCGUUGCGGCCCGUCUUUCUUUCUUUCUUGCUUGUCCAAGUCUAUCACUCUCUCUCUCUCCCCCCUAUCAUAGUGGCCAUAUCUCCCUCACUUGUCCAAAUCUAUAUGUAUCUCUUUCUCAUGUCAUAAUUGCUCAUCUCUUCUUUUUCCUUUUUCUUUGCCUAUCUUUUCUUAACUAUUCUGUACUUCCACUCUCAUCACUUUUUUCUGUCUAUCCUUUCUUUUACAUUUCUAACAUAUUUUUCUUUCUCUCUCUUUCUCUCCAUUCAUCUUUCUGCCAAAAAUUAAAGAGGCAUCUUGAAAUUUCAUUCUCUAAAUUGCAUAAGAGGGAACAUUCAAAUCCUGUUUCAAAGAUAAUAAUUUAUUGUCAGAAUGUGUUACAUCCAACAGAUUGUCCAUUUAUAUUCAAAAUGAUUGCUGAAAGAACUGUUAAGUCACAAUUCUUCUUUGAAAGCAUUUACCAAAUGCCAGCUAUGACUAUUUAA